AUGUCAAUUUUAAUAAUUCUGUGUCCGGUUCUGUUGGCUGGUGUUCAAACGCUGACUAUUGAUUCACAAUUGGGAACAUCCAUUGAAGAUUGCUUCAUCAGGCUGUCGAUAGGUGAACAAUUGCCAAGUACCGCCAUCUAUCGAAACGUCACCGAACUAAUGACGCGAGAAUGCGAACAAAUUUGCAAACAGGAUAAACAAUGCCAAGCCUACGAUUAUGGUGUUGGAGCUAAAGGCAACGCCACAUGCAACCUGAGUAAUAUAGACGAGAAAGAGAUCAAAGAAAAAUCGAUACUGGGCCGCCACCCCGACUACGACGUGUACGUGCGGAGGUUCCAAUGCGAGCAGUCGCCGCCUUCACCGAUGCCGCUGCACGACGACCCAGGUCCUGACGAACAGAAGCGCCCAGAUAACCCAGACCGGCCCGAAGGUCCCCUUCAACGCCCAGUCUUCAGACCGGACGACGAAAUUUUCAACGAUGAUUACCUCAUCUCCGCUGACUUGAGGCCUUUCGAAUCUGGUAAACCGUACAGGCCUGAUGAUUAUUCCAAUUCGAAACCGGAUAACGAUGUUCCUCCGAGUUACGGGUCACACAGACCGCAAGAAAUACCAUAUGAACCUAUUAGGCCUGAUCACGGUUUCAGUAGACCUCAAGAUACGCAGUACAGACCCGAAAGACCAAUUAAAAAUCAGUCAUAUAACCAAAAACCAUCGGAUGAACUAAACUUUCAAGGGUAUGGACAACCUAAUAGACCAGAAAAACCGGAUUAUAAUUACAUAAUUAGACCGAACAGGAAGCCUUAUCAGAACUCUCAAGACGAAGGUUACGGAAGGCCAGAUAGGCCAAGUGAUAUUGGACAUCCUUCAGGACCAAUCGGACCUCCAAGUAGACCGUAUAGGUUCGACAGACCGAAUCGUCCUAGACCGGACAACGCCGGACAAUAUGCAAGCAAUUUCGAUCAUAGUAGUCAAAAUGACAACUCAAUUCACGUUGAAAUAUAUGAUCCACCACGACCAUACAGACCCAUCCGUGGUUCCUAUUAUGGUCAUCAAGGAUACGGCUAUUUAACCCAAAAUAGCUACGCUCAAAAUCAUGGAACUAUUACGGAAAUCGGUGGCUACAGCCAAAACCCGCCGCUUGAUGAUAAUAGACCCGAUCCGACUACUAAACCUUACGGCCAAUACGGAUAUAAUGGUUAUCGACCUCAAAAUUCCAAACCAAACGACCCAACCUGGAACCAGGAUUACGAUAAACCUGUCAAAGGGUACACAAAUCAAAACUCAUUUACAGGACAAACCGGUUAUGGUUCAAACCAAUCCAUUAAAGGUAAUCAAUACGGCAGUCAAAACGAGUAUUAUCAAAGCCAGAGUGAUCAGUCGUCAUAUAAUAGCCAUAAUCAUCAUAUUGGUUACGGGGACCCCGGGCAAAAUGAGCCAUACAAACCAUCGAAACCGGAUAGGCCGAACGAUUAUCAUCAAAGCCAGAGUGAUCAGUCGUCAUAUAAUAGCCAUAAUGAUCAUAUUGGUUACGGGGACCCCGGGCAAAAUCAGCCAUACAAACCAUCGAAACCGGAUAGGCCGAACGAUUAUCAAAGCCAGAGUGAUCAGUUGUCAUAUAAUAGCCAAAAUCAUCAUAUUGGUUACGGGGACCCCGGGCAAAAUGAGCCAUACAAACCAUCGAAACCGAAUAGACCGAACGAUUAUCAUCAAAGCCAGAGCGAUCAGCCGUCAUAUAACACUCAAAAUUAUCAUAACGGUUACGGAGAUACCGGGCAAAAUCGUCCAAACAAACCUUUGAAACCGGACAGACCAAACGAUUAUGGCCCAGCUGAUUAUGGACAGAAUUCGUAUCAAAGCCAACAUUCAUACAGUUCUAGUCAAAGCAAUUAUCACAGCAACCAACAUGUCUACGAAAGCCAAGUGUAUGGUAGGCCAGAUCAAAGCUAUAGCAAUAGACCAAACUACAAACCUUCUUAUAACGACUAUGGGUCUUACGGGCAAACGAAUGGUCAAAAUCAUGAUCAGGGCAAUCACUAUGGCGAAACCAACCAUGGCUCAUAUGGUUCUACUCAAAGCUCUCAUGGUCAGCAAGAUUUUUAUAAUUCCAAUCAAAACUCUUAUGGGAACACCCAAAAUACAUAUCAGGAUGAUAGGUAUAAAGGUAGCAAAGGAUCGUAUGGGGGUUCGCAAAGCUCAUACCACGGAGCUUCCCAAGGUAUAAGUCAUGAUUAUCAUUUAUCAAAUGGAAACAAAGGUUCAUAUGAUGCAUAUCCCCCUAGUCAAAGUGGUUAUGGAGGCCAAAGCUCCGUCGGUACCCAAUUUGACCAAGGUACUAAAGGCAGCUAUUCAAAUCAAAGCUCGUAUGGAAACAAAGGGUCUUAUGGAACAAAUCAGGACUAUAGCAAUAGUCAGAAUGUUUAUGGAACCAGCCAGAUUGACGACAGCUACACGACACCGAGCUAUGGCUCAAACCAAAACGCAGAGACCAGCCACAAAGGACGGCCCCAAAGACCUAAUAACAAAAAACCCAACGAUUCACCAGCUUAUUAUAAACCAAAUACAGAGUCGGAGAACCCUGGAUAUAACGUGAAACCGGUUUACGAGAAUGAAAUGGAUCGGCCCCAUGCUCCUGGCUAUACAGCUGGGCCGGGGGGUGAGGUGGUGACUUCGCGACCGGUAGCUGUCGGGGAUUACGGAGCCGGAUACAGGGAACCGGGUAAAGAAGAUUCCACCAAAGCAUACUCUUGUUGUGAGAAAUUUGAUCCGACCGUUUCUUGGGACUGCGUCCUCUGA